AUGGACACGAUCCAGCAGCUCGUCCCGCUCAUCUACCAUGAGCGGCAGCAGCCCGGCGAGAUGCUCUGCGCCCAGCACGCCCUCAACUCCCUCCUCCAAGGCCAGUAUUUUUCCGCCCCGGAUCUCUCGGAGAUCGCCCGGGAGCUCGACGAGCACGAGAGCACGCAGCUCGACGUCGACGAGCGUGCGACCUCGAGCAACAACAUGGACGACACUGGGUUUUUCUCCGUGCAAGUGCUCCAGAAAGCCCUCACCGACAGCUUCAACCUCUCUCUUGUGCCUUGGGACGCUCGGGAGCUUAGACCUUACCAUGAUCACCCACACACGCAGAUGGCGUUCGUCCUGAACCAGUCACAACACUGGUACACCCUCCGUCGUUUCGGGAACGUCUCCCCGAACCCCGCGCUCGACGCCGACCCCGGUGGCGGACACUGGUUCAACCUCAACUCCUCCAACGCCGCGCCCGAGCGCAUCAGCAAGCUCUACCUAGGCAUGUUCCUCCAGCAGGCCAAAGAAGAGGGCUACACCAUCUUCGCCGUCGUCCAGCCCGACCUGUCCACCAGGCUCGCCCUUCCGCGCGUCGAGGUGGACGACAUCUUCGGCGGGCUCCCCGACGACAUCCCGCACAGCUCCACAUAUGAGCCCUCCUCGCGCCAGGCCGCCACGCUCGCAGGCUUCGAGGACGAAGACAUGGAGCUCCAAGCCGCGCUCCAAGCAUCGCUCACCAACGGCGACUACGACUACGUCCCGCCGCCGCCGCCGUCCGCCGCCAUGUCGCGACCCACCGCCGCGCCCUCAUCCGCGUCGACGUCCGGCACGCCCUUCGCUCGCCUCCCCUCCCGCACGGCGUCCGCGGUCCCCGUCGAGCGCGGCUACCACGCGCCCGCGCCCGCGGACGAGGACGACGAGGACGAGGAGAUGGACGACGACUACGCGCCCCCGCGCCGAGCCCCGCGCCACGAGGAGCCCGUCGACCCCGUCGCGGCGAGCAUCGCGCGGCAGCGGCGCGUCGCGGACCAGAUGCGCCGCGCGCAGGAGCUCGCGCUGCAGGAGGGCCUCGCGGACGAGAUCGCGCGCAUCGACGCCGCGACGCGCGCGCGCGCGGGGCGCCGCGCCGCCGGCGAAGAGGCGCAUGAGGACGAGGACGAGAUGCUCCGGCGCGCGAUCGCGGAGAGCGAGGCGAUGGCGCGAGCCGGCGCCGAAGACGACGAAGACGACGACGGCGACGACGGUGGGGGAGCCGCGACCCCUGCGGCGCGCGAGCCUGCGCCCGCGCCCCCGCAGGCGCAGUGGCAGCAGCACCGGAUGUACGACGACGAGGACGCGGAGCUGCAGGCUGCGCUACGCGCGUCGCUCGAGUCCGCGCCCGAGGGCUUCGUCGUCCCCGAGCCCGGCGCGUUCCCACAGUCGCGCCCGCCGCCAGCGCAGGCACACACGCAGACGGUCCCGCCGCCUGUCCCGGCGCAGAGUCAUCUGCAGCCGCCGCCGUUGCAGCGGCAGCCGUCGGAUGACUUCGAGACCGAGUCAGAGGACACUGCGGACGAGCCGGAGCCGGAGCAGCUCAGCAUGGAAGAGAUUCGGAGGCGGAGGCUGGCCCGGUUCGGGGGUUGA